UCUGCGAGGCGCACCAAUAUGGACGACCAUCCGAAAGCGUCAUCUCCUUCUCAGUCAUCAUGUAGGGCAAACGUUGCUCGCGCUUGUCGCAGACAUGGCUGCCGAGUCGUUGUAAGCUUGGCCGUACUUCUUAUUCCAUUUGUUGCGAUCUGUGUGCUGAACUCUUCUGUUCACCCAACAACACGUGGCUUCUUCUGCAACGAUGACUCUAUAUCGUACCCAAAGAAGCCUAACACUGUAUCUGAUCCUGUGCUUCUGAUCAUUUGUAUUGGCUGCCCUCUUCUUAUUAUAAUAUUGUUUUCAGUGAGUUCGAUCAUGACACUAUUCAACUGCAACUCACAUCACGAUGAAAGAUCCGGCAAUCCAGUCAUGUGCGGAUUGUCUCGCCGACUAGACGUGCCAUUAACUUGGAAUGAUCUUUUGUGUCAAUGUUACUGGUUCAUUUUGGGAUUUGUUCUCGUUUGUUUCUUCACCGAAACUGGCAAAGUUGCGGUUGGUCGUCUCAGACCAUAUUUUCUUGAUGCUUGUCAACCAGACUAUAGCAAAUUCAAUUGCACUAAUGAAAAAGGAUUUCCUCUUUACAUUCUUCAUCCAGGAUGCCAUGGAAAAAGCGGAGACAUUCAUGAAGCAAGGUUGUCAUGGCCAUCUGGACACUCCUCGGUUUCAGUUUAUGCAGGAGUUUUUGUUAUGCUGUAUUUGGAAGCAACAUGUAUUCAAAAAUUUUCGUCACCACUCAAGGUCUUUCUUCAAGUAAUUCCUGCAACUUUAGCAUUCCUCUGCUGUCUCUCAAGAAUAUCCGACAAUGCUCACCACUGGAGUGAUGUGCUGUCUGGCACUAUUCUUGGAGCAUCUGUUGCUGUCACUACUGUGUUUACAUUGCUUUCGUUUGUUCGAAACAAGCAAAGUUCAUUGACAACAGCAGAGAGAAACACACUACUGUGAUGAUUGAUGAUGCACAAUAUUCGGUAGCUAUCGUAGAUCUGUAAAGUGGCCAUCAUAGUGUGUAACUCGACAUUCUGUUAGAGAACACUAUGUUGCCAGUGUUCUAUUGUGGUGUGAGUAGUGAACUGUAUUUAGGAUGGCUCUAAUACAUUGGUUUCUAAACGUAGAGCUUGGAUAGAGAUUUUAAAUAUACGGAUGUUUGUCAGGUG